AUGUCCGUCCGCUCUCUCCUCGGUGCCUCGACCGGUGCCCUCCGCCAGAUCCUCCCCUCCUUCUCCCGCAGCAAACCCGCCGGUCUCCUGUCCCGGUCGUUCUCGCAAUUGGCCAAGCUCCCCUUCGGCAAUGGUCUUCGUCUGCUGCGCUCCGGGCAGCAGACCGGUGUGGUCAGCGCGACUCUGCGACAGGUCGAGCAGGUCCGAGGCAUGAAGACGCGGUCUUCGGUCAAGCGCCUGUGUGAUGGAUGCAAGCCUGUCCGGAGAAAGAACCGUGUCUACAUCAUCUGCUCGAAGAACCCCAAGCACAAACAACGCCAAGGCAAAUAA